ACCCCCACCCCUCGGAUUAGUAUUUUUCCCCCUCCAAGAUGGAGGCCUUAGGGGGCUACCCCGCCAAGUCCUCCGGACCCAAAGUGAAGAAGUUGACGGUUCUGCUGAGCAUGACGGUCGGCGUGGGGUGCUUGUUCCUACUACAAACACAACUGGUCAAGCCCCGAAAACCGAAGGACUUUUAUUCCUUCGAGGUGAAGGACGCCAAAGGCAGGGCUGUUUCUCUGGAGAAGUACCGAGGAAAAGCUUCUCUGGUUGUAAACGUGGCGAGUCACAGCGAGCAGACGGAGACUGCGUACAGGUCACUUCAGGAGCUCCACAGGGAGCUGGGAACGUCUCACUUCAACGUCCUGGCCUUCCCUUGUGGACAGUUUGGCGACACCGAGACCGGAACCAGCCGGGACAUCGAGGCCUUGGCCAAGUCCACAUACGGUGUGACGUUCCCCUUCUUUGGCAAAAUCAAAAUAAUGGGCUCCGAGGCUGAACCGGCCUUCACAUUCCUGACAGGUAUGAGCACUUGAACGCACCAUGGCAAUGGCUGUGUUUUGAUUUGUUAGUGUUAUUUUUAGUGCUGUCAAAUAAAAAUUAUUUUUAAAUCUGA